UCAACCCGGGUUAUGCGAAAAGCCUCAGCUACUGGACGACCCAUUGUGCCCCUGACCGAGCAGAAGUCACUGGAUAGGGCACUGUCAAGGGGAAAACGAGAUGGAGAAUCUGACGCUUGGGAUAUUGCGCCAGACGGUGCCUCCGCCGGCCGCCAAGGGCGUCAGUUCACUGUUGCCAACGUCGGGAACAAUGGCAAGCUUUUUCUACGACCCUCUGUCCGGCGUGCAAACAAGAGAUAUCCCCAGCCAAAUUUCACCUUUCCCAUAACACCACCUGGAACUGCCGGGCUGGAGGGAGUUUAUCCAGAUAACCUAGACGGACCGCCUAAAUUGACGACGGAUCAUCACGAAGAUCAAUUCACCCCGACGCCGAGGACCUCGAUUAUUCCCCCACAAUACGCCCCCAAUACCAGUGGCUUCGUAUCAACUACGCAACACCGUAGAGCGGUGUCGGAUGGUACGAUCCGCGACUUUAAUUCCCCAACAAGUACCGAUGCGGAUGGGUACAGAAUAGUCAUCACGAAGCCGCCUCACGAGGCCGGUCGGCCCAAAACAGCGGAGAACCCAGCCGAUCUGGAUAUUGGUGGUAUUCCAACACUCAAUAUUAACAUCCCAUCGUGGAAGCUAGGGACGCCUCGGUUUUCUAUUAGAGGUACCCCGAUGCUUAGAGGCUCGUCCUAUGCUGCCACCGAUGAAUACCGAUCUGCCAGUCGCUCAUCCUUGUACCAUUCUUCAGAGAGGAGCCUCGGCGGACCGCUCUCUGGCACCAGGCCAAGACCUAGCCAUCUUGUGAUCCCGAAACUUCGCUUUCCGCGAACCUCACAUGCCUCGUCACAAACCUCAGCUCCCGUGCCACGACCUGUGCCCUCUACAUACGCAUCUGCGCAUCUUGUCAUCAGGCCAGCCAUGUAUGACGAGCUUACAUUCAAGCCCGCCUGUGACGAUAAAUCGAUUGUGCGGUACUCGCCCAACGGAUCUGUAACUGCAGCGACGCCUUCCCGACUUGUUGCCGAGAUCACGUCUCCAAGCUUUCUGGACUACGAACUCAUCUCAGACUUCUUCUUGACCUACAGAUCCUUCCUGGAGCCUCAGAUCCUCCUCCAGAUGCUCAUGGCGAGGCUCGUAUGGGCUUUGGAACGCACUGACGAGGUUGGCAUGAUUGUUCGGGUUCGAACCUUUGUCGCCAUGCGACACUGGAUCCUCAACUACUUUGUAGACGACUUUGUCCUGGAUUAUAAUCUUCGUCUCCUCUUCUGUAUCUUGCUCAACGACUUUGUUGACGAGCUAUCCCACGAUAUGAACCAGAGCAGAGUUCCGCUCAAGAUUUUGGCAGAGCUCAAGAAGUGUUGGCGACGGAUAUGUGCUCAUUAUUGGGAUGGCCCCGAAUUUGACGAUGGCCUAGAACCUCUAGUUCCAAUUGCGCCAGGAGGCAUUGCAGGAUAUAGAGAUCCCGACCUGGAUCCUUCUUUCUGGGAAAUACAGGGAAUGGAUCAGCCACAGUGGCGUGCCGUGGCAGGCAUCCCCCAAGGAUUGAGCGAUGAGACCAACCCAAGUGAAGCUGUCCCCGGGGCGGCCAGCAUCGGAGAAUUCGUCGUGUUGGACGAUCGUCCAGGGACUCCUGAACACCAGAUCAUCACCACCACCACGACCCCAGCAAAUGGCCCGUCUUCGCCUCUUAGUAUAGCAAGCAUGGACAUUGUGUCUUGUUCCUUUCCAAGCAAGAAUGUGAGGUCUCUGAAUCCAAACUCCAGCCAACCUCUUGCAGCUCAUCCCGUGUACUCGACGUCUCCUAUCCUCCCGCCCGGAGCUAUUGCUACUACUCCCAAAGCGCUUGCUGGCAAGCGUGUUCGUCCGGCGCAAAGCCACAAGCGCAAUAACAGCACCACUGAUUCUUUGAGAGACCAUGGCUCCGAUCACUCCUCAUCACACGAUGUCGACCUGCACAUGAUUCUGCAGUCUGCUGGAAACCUUGUUCGAGGCAACAUUCUUCCACCCGGCCAGCCUUUUGUCGAUAUUGAAUCUGAUUCAACCGCUGGUGAUCGCAACAGGCAGACCACCAUCUUCCAGCCUGCGUCUCGCCACGCUACCAAAGAUCGGAUCUUUGGAGUUGCCAUGUCGGGAUCUGGAAUGAAGAAGUUCUUGGGAGGCGUACGUCGUGCACUGAACAAUCGUGGUCAAUGGUCGUCUGGUUCGCAUUCGAGCUUGCCCGCUGUCACUUCUCUCAGUGCUCACAACAUCGCAAUGGACCGAUUGCCCGCAGCGACCAUUAUUGCCCAGACUGGCCACGGCCCAACCAGCACUCGUCCGCCAGUGAGAAUAGAUCUCCUUGGCGCUGAAGUGGCCGAAGAUUUCAAAAGAGCCAUCCGUGAGGAAGAGGAAGCUGCCGAAGCAGAACGAUUUGGUGCACCCCGACCGGCUCCAGCCGCCGUCCAUGGACCUAUGGAUUAUUCCGCCGCACAUAUGGAGUCUACCACAGUUGAUAACUUGCUCCAGGAUAGGGGUCUACGGCCUAUGAGCGAUAUGGGUCUUACCAACGGAAGCAAGUCUAUUGUAAUCAUUGACGACACGGUGCCAGGAUUACGUGACAGAUUGCCCAUGGCCACUUUCGACCCCAAUCCUCCUGUUGUGGGAUUGUCAGCGGGCUCUUUCCUAACUGUCGGCGGCGAUCCAACUCCUCCUACAACGCCGCCCGCGCAGCUGCUCGCCGGAACAAUACGAAGGUCGUCCUAUCUUCUCGAUCAGCUCAUCAGCCCGCCAUCAGAGGAAUCUUUGCCCCCUUUCGUACCAGACAUGGCGACUUUGGGCCGCACCCACAGCGUAGGGCCAUCGGAAGAUGCAAAUCGAUUCUCCACAUCAACAAUGCGCCGCGGUACUCUACGGCAUCCGCCUCUCAGCCGUGGAGCGCUGCAAUUUCAUAAGAGGAACCAGUCUUCAAACACUCAAAAGUCAGACUACUCCUUUAGACGCCAUGCCUCGUUUGGCAGUCAUCUUGAACGACACUCCACAGCUCGAAGCUUUGAUGCCACCACAGACUCGUCCAUGCUCGAUAGAGAAUAUGAAGCUCCUGCCCCUGAGCCUCCCCGUGUGCUUCGCAGGCGUCCUGGUGGGUAUCUAAGAGCUGCUGCUAACGUGGGCGGCAUGGAUAACCAACCUGUGGUGCGGAGAACUCAGUCCGUUGGGUCCUUGACAACUUAUACCGAAUCUGUCAGGAGCUCCUAUCUUCUUGGUACUCACCCAGAGCAGGACGAUGACGAAUGCAGCUUUGCUGGAACGGAAGACCACCCUCGUGGGAGACAGGAGAUAUUUUCUGUUGGCCAGUUGACUGGGAAGCCUCCCAAGCGAAAUUUGUCUCUGUUUAGUACACAUUCGUCCAAGCCCAUCAUGCGUCCCUCGUUUGAGAUUGAAGCUCGAAAAUUGGCGCAGAUACCCGAUGAGGAUGACGGUGGCAUUGAGUCUGCGUUGUUAAAGCUUGAGGGCAGAUACCAACCAAAGCCAAGAUCAUUCGAACGGCUUAACCAAAGGGCUCUGAUUGACGCACAAGAAUUUGGUGCAAGGGCGGCGGCUGUGGCAGAACCCUACAUCAGCCAGGAUGAAAGCCAACACAGCGAAACAAGUGGCAUGGAUAACGAGUAUUACCGGCCACAAGAUCAAGAUUUCUCUGGAGACAAAGGAAAGCAGCCGCUCGAAUUCGAAUACAGCCGGAAUACCAUAACAACCCGGAGCAGGGCGGCUACGCUUGAGGCGCGCUCGUUCUUGAGCGGUGACUCGGACGAGUCAUAUUGCUCAAUACCUCUACUUGAACGGGGCUUAACAGAUGAUGGUCGAAGCAUAAAGGGAGCCUCUGAAUGGACUGACCGGUCCGUUCUUCGAGGCUCAUCAGACGAUGACGCUGUAGCUUCGGAUAUUCCCAUAGCUCUGCACAUCUCCAAGCCGCAUCUUUCUUAUGACUUUGUCGAAAAGACAGAAAGCAUUGAGAGGAUACAGCCUGGCACGACAAUUCCUGCGCCAGCCGAUGAUCGAACUUUCUUGGAAGACGCUAGCAUUGGUGGCUCAGAUCUUUCUUCCGAGCUUACUCCCUCUGAAGACGAAGAUGCGGGUGACCUAGGCAAGAGAGCGGGCGUAUUUUCUGUCUCAUCCCAACCACAUCCGUUCGGAGAUCCUAUUGCUACGCCUCGAUCAGAUUCUUCUUCUGCCCCCAUGACGCUCGCCCAGGCUUUAGCCAUGAGUCCAAUAAUGAUGAGUCCGGUGAUGAUGAACAUGGAGAGAACUCUGGAUCCCGAUCAAGUUUGGAUCAGCAAACCCCUUCCUCUCACCCCAGACAGAUUCCAAGACUCUCCCUACAUGGCUGGACCCAAGCAUGUCCUAGAGACCCCGCGGGCUAAUACCACCGAAGCUCUUCAUUCGGUACCUGAGACAGAAGUGCCCAACACCCUCAAAUAUUCGAUUCAUUUGCCAUUCAUUCUGGCGUUUGACUCUGAUACCUUGGCUCAGCAAUUCACUCUUAUAGAGAAAGAUGCACUGAACGAUAUUGACUGGAGAGAGUUGAUCGACAUGAAUUGGAAGAAUGCUACUAGCAACGAUUCUCGCUCGUGGGUUGACUUUUUGAGAAAGACUAAUGCUCACGGUGUUGAAGUUGUUAUUGCUCGAUUCAAUAUCAUGGUCAAGUGGGCGAUUUCUGAGAUUGUUCUUACUCAACACGUUGAAGAAAGGGCUCGAUGCAUCAUCAAACUCAUUCACAUUGCAGCACAUUGUCGACGCUAUCGCAAUUUCGCUACUCUGGCGCAGCUUACCAUCGCCUUGUCUAGUGCCGAGGUCUCGCGUCUAUCCAAGACUUGGGACCUGGUUCCAGUCAAAGACCAAAACACGCUGAGCGAGAUGGAGGCCCUUGUUACACCUUCGCGAAACUUUUACAGCCUCAGAGCGGAAAUGGAGAGCGGUUCUGAUGGAGGAUGCAUUCCGUUCGUCGGCAUCUACACGCAUGACCUGCUAUUUAAUGCACAGCGCGCUUCUGAAAUAGCCAGCUCACCCACCACUCCUCCAUUGGUCAACUUUGAAAGAUGUCGCAUUGGAGCAGCCGUGGUCAAGACAAUGCUGCGACUAUUGGAAGCCAGCACUCGAUACACUUUCCAACCAAUUGAGGGCAUAACAGAGCGAUGUCUCUGGAUGGGCGCAUUAAGCGACGAAGAGAUCCAACGACGCUCCAAGACGUUGGAAUAGGCGAAACCUUUUGAUUUUUCCACGUUGCUCAGCCAAUUGAUC